CUUCGUGCCGUUUUGCAUGUGCCGGCUACUGUAACCGCUGUCGCUACCACUCGAUCUGCAGACGCUUGACAUAGCCUAGUCUAUCCAAUCAUAUCAUUCCACGAUGGAUACGGAUACGCACAACGUCCCAUACCCAACGGGUGUGCUACCUCUACGCCAGGUUCACAAGCCGCCCUUCACCAUCGAGUCGCCCGGAUAUGAGAAGGUCCCCGGCGAGACCAUCCCCCGACGAAGCCCAAAAGCGAAAGAUGGCCUCAUCGCGCGACCUGCAGAGGGUGUCAAUACCGUUUUUGACAUUGUUCAGCGAAGCGCGCGCGUGUACCCCGACCGCGGAGGUAUCGGGUCGAGGAAGCUGAUUGAGCUUCAUGAGGAGGUCAAGACGGUGAAGCAGAAGAAGGUGGACGGGCAGACUAAAGAGGUUGAGAAGAAGUGGCAGUAUUUCGAGCUUUCUGGAUAUUCGUUCAUUACUUUCAAGGAGUAUGAGACGCUUGUGCUGCAAUUGGGGUCUGGGCUGCGCAAGCUGGGCUUGUCGCCGGCCCAGAAGCUGCAUUUCUUUGGUGCGACGAGUAUGAAUUGGCUCGCCAUGUCGCACGCUUGCGCUUCUCAAUCCAUCUCCAUCGUCACGGCCUACGACACCCUCGGAGAAGAGGGAUUCCAACACACGCUCGUGCAAACCCAAUCCGACGCCAUCUUCAUCGAUCCUCACCUUCUCAAAAUCGCUACGAACCCUCUGAAAAAGUCAAACGUCAAGACCGUCAUUGUCAACGAUGCCUGCAUCUUUGGCCAUCCAAACGAUAUGGAGAACUUUGCGGCCGCGAACCCAGAGUUCAAAGUCUUGACUGUCUCGCAGCUGCGAAGUCUAGGCGAGAAUAAUAUGGUUGAUCCUGUUCCGGCUAAGCCGACUGAUUUGUUUUGCAUCAUGUACACAUCGGGUUCUGCUGGGCCCCCGAAAGGUGCCUGUAUCACACAUGAGGUCCUCGUUGCAGGAGUCGUCAGCUAUCGCGACAUCCUGCUCUGCUACUUACCACUGGCCCACAUCUUCGAGUUAACCGUCGAGAACUUGGCAAUUUUCAUCGGCGGCAAUCUCGGUUAUGGAAGUCCCAGAACAUUGUCCGAUGUCUCAACCAGAAACUGUGCAGGAGACAUGAAGGAACUGGGACCUACCAUCAUGAUGGGCGUCCCGCAAGUCUGGGAAACCAUCCGGAAGGGCAUCAACGCGAAACUGGAGGCGAGUCCUCUACUCAAGAAUGUAUUUUGGGCCGCUUUGAACUUUAAGAGCUUCAUGUCGAGGUACGGAUUGCCGGGAGCCAACAUCUUUGACAAGAUCAUCUUUGGCAAGGUCAGAGAUUUGGCUGGUGGACGGGUCCGGUUCACUGUUAACGGAGCAAGCGGAAUUGCUGAGGGGACCAAACACGUUAUAUCUCACGUUAUCGCGCCCAUGAUCAUCGGGUAUGGUCUUACUGAAACAUGCGCCUGUGGUGCCCUGGGCUCGCCUCUAGAGUUCUCACUCGACACUCUUGGCCCGGUUGCAGGCUCCCUCGAGAUAAAACUGGUUUCUGUCCCUGAAUUUGGAUACUCUACUGAUGCCAAGGUGCCCCAGGGUGAAAUUUGGGCCCGGGGAACGUCCCUCAUGAAGGGUUACUAUAACAACCCAGAAGAGACGGAAAAGGCUAUAACUCCGGAUGGCUGGUUCAAGACAGGCGAUGUUGGCGAGUUUGAUGCCGAUGGUCAUUUGCGGGUCAUCGAUCGCAUCAAGAACCUCAUCAAGCUACAAGGCGGAGAGUACAUUGCUCUUGAAAAGCUGGAGUCUAUCUACCGCGGUGCUCGGACUGUUAUCAAUGUCAUGGUCCACGCUGACCCGGCUCAUUCCCGUCCCAUCGCGGUUAUCAUGCCUGAGGUCAAGGCCCUCAUGUCAAUUGCAGAGGGUUUGGGCGUGGACGAGCAUGACAUGUAUCACGACGCCAGAGUCAAGGAAGCAGUCUUGGAAGAUCUCCGUUCUACAGGAAAGCGCGGUGGCCUUGCUGCGAUGGAGCUUGUUGCAGGCGUUGUCCUCACUCAUGACGAGUGGACUCCUCACAGCGGCCUUGUGACUGCCACACAGAAGUUGAACCGAAGAGUUAUCAUUGAGACUUUCAAGAGAGAGAUUGACGCGGUUUUGAAGGAUACCCCAUAA